AUGCAUUCGUUUUUCAACAUCAAAGUGCAUAACAAGAUGCCAGUAACAGUCACAGAUUGUUUUGGGGUGAAUCUAACGGUGAUGGGUCUCUUUGGGAUGUACCAUCGAAGCGGUAACCCAACAAUUUUCGAAAAAGUGAUCGCCUAUUGCAUGUUCUUUUUCUUCACAAUUCCCAUACCCAUUCUGGGCUCUCUCUAUUUUUUCUUCCAAGAAAACGUUGAUUUGGAGGAAUUGCACAAUAACGGCUUUCUGAUCGCCGAAAUGGUUUGUAAUCUUGCAAAAUAUUUAUCAUUCAUAAAAAAUGGACACAGAAUCAGAAAAUGCAUUCAUUACCUCGAAUUGCCAAUUUUCGCCACAAGGAGAGAAAAUCAGGAAAGAAUUAUUAACGCCAGCGGUUGGAUUUGCAAACGAAAUUCGAGAGUUUUUUUCGUUUCGGUAUUAGCUGCUAAUGUUUUUUGGGCUGGGAGACCAUUUAUGGAAAACAAGCAGAAGUUUCCGAUUGAAAUUUGGCUACCGUUUGAUGCUAAAGCAAAUGCGAUGGCUUUUUAUUUGAUCUAUUUGUUUCUGGUCAUUGCUGUGGCUUAUGCUUCUAUUGCAUGUGCUGUAAUAGACCCGUUGAUAGCAGGGCUUGCAAGCUUGGCUUCAGGCCAGGUUGAGGUCUUGAAAGACAAUUUGGAAAAUUUGAGCAAAUAUACAAGAGAGCAAAUGCUGGAAAAAGGUAUAAUUUGUAACAAGUUCGAUGAAGUGUUUUAUGCAAAUGUGAGGAAAUGUGUCGAUCAUCAUAAUGCAAUUUUACAUUUUAUAAAGGAAUACGAAGAGUGUUUCUCCUCGUCUGUUUUUAGCCAAUUUUUAGGGAGCAUCCUUGUUAUUUGUUUUUGUUGCUUGGAAUUAACUAAAAUCGAACCCUUAAGUUUCAACUUCUAUUCCAUGACGUUUUUCGCGACAUGUUUUUCAGCUCAAAUUUAUAUGUAUUGUUAUUAUGGUACUGUCUUAUACGAUGAGAGUAACAGCAUUGCAAGUGCUAUUUACAUGGGCACAUGGUACGAAUAUGAUGUGAAGUCGAGAAAAGCUCUAAUUAAUUUAAUGGAACGUUCUAAAAAACCCAUCCAUCUUAGAGCUGGAAAAGUCCUUGAAAUGUCAGUGGAGACAUUCACGAUGAUUUUGAGAAGAUCUUACUCUCUCCUAGCUGUUCUAAAAAACUACUGAAUAAGUGAACUUAUUUGCAUUACAUGUCGUAAAUAUCAAUUGCUGUUUUAUUUUAUAAUAAACAACUAUUUCGUUUUUUUUGUAAUAAAUGUCGAGUGUUUGAUGUCUGCAAAAGUUUUCCGUCUGUGUAAAACUGUAAGCACAAAAUUUAUAAUAAAUGUAAUUUGUUGGAUUUUUGUGUUAAUAAACUGAAAUACUUUUUCA